AUGACAGCUCAGUAUUUCCCUGCCCAACAGGCCUCACCCAUGGCUGUGUCCAUGGAGGCCGUAACCAUGGUGAACCUACUGGUGCUUGAGGUGGUGUCCAGAUGGAAAAUAGUGAGUGCCCUUACUAAGAUGGAACCUAUCACCAUCUGUGUAGAUGGCAGCACCAUCCCUUGCUCCAAACAGGUCAAGAGCCUUGGUGUCAUACUGGGCAAUACCAUCUCGUUCAAUGCACACAUAAACACCAUAUCAAGAAAUCGCUUUUUCCAUCUAAGGAACAUUGCACGGCUCCGCCCAGCACUCACCCAGCAGAGUGCAGAAGUCCUAGUCAAUGCGUAUGUGACUUCCCGCCUUGACUACUGUAAUUCAAUCUUGUCUGGAAUCCCAAAUAAGCUACUUCACCGGCUCCAACUCAUCCAGAAUUCUGCAGCGCGGAUUAUAACAUGCUCCAAAUCCACCAGCCAUAUAACACCAUCGCUCAUGCAGCUGCACUGGCUUCCAGUUGCCUACAGAAUCAAUUUCAAGGUCCUGCUCCUGGCAUACAAGUCCCUAAACAACAACGCCCCUACCUACCUCACUGACCUCCUGGAAGUGUACACUCCUGCCCACCCUCUGAGAUCCUCCUCAGCAGGCCUGCUACGUGUCCCUGAAGUGAACCUCUGCACCCUGGGAGAGAGGGCUUUCAGCUACAUCGCCCCCAGGCUAUGGAAUUCAUUCUCUGACUCAAUUACUGUCUUUAAAAGUAGACUGAAAACAUAUUUCUUCAAGAAAGCUUAUGGACUGACUGACUGA